UUGAAAUCACACGAAACGUCGGCAUCGAUGGGCGGAUGUGAAUUUGUGGAUUUGAUUGAACUUCAUCUGUACAAAGAAAGUGAUGAUGGUGAGGUGAGAACGAUUGUGGAUUGCGAGGUGCUGUGUGGCAGUGCUGAUGAACACUCAACAAUGGUCAUUGAAUUGUUAGUAUCACCAAAAAGUGAUAUCGUUCUGCUAAACAACGAUGCGAUCGUUGAUGGCUAUCGACUCGUCGACUUGAAAGUGGGCACUGAUUUGGAAUUGAAACAAGAGGUGUAUCGGAACUAUGCGUCUGUUUUCUCACAGUAUGCAAGGAAUGUGAUUGAAGUGAGUGGAAUAUGA